GCGGCAGAGCAGCCGAUGUCCGCCGCUGUAAAACCUCCCUGACAGCGGCGAGAGGAAGUGGGGAGGCGGUCCAGACGAUUUUUAUAACCUCCUUGUCUGACUUUUCCAACGAGUCUCCUGUCAUUAAUCAUUAGCCAACAUUCCGUUUCUCCACCAUGCCUCGCAUUGAGAAUGACAUCAAGCUGGACUUCAAGGAUGUUCUCCUCCGGCCCAAACGGAGCACGCUCAAGUCCAGGAGUGAGGUGGACCUGUUGAGGAGCUUCACGUUCAGGAACUCCAAGGGCAGCUACAGGGGGAUUCCCAUCAUCGCCGCCAACAUGGACACCGUGGGGACCUUCGAGAUGGCCCAGGCUCUGCACGAGUUCACUCUCUUCACUGCAAUCCACAAACAUUACUCUAUAGAUGAUUGGUCAGAGUUUGCUGCGAAGCACCCUGAGUGCCUGGAGAGUGUUGCCGUCAGCACGGGGACCGGAGAAGGAGACUUUGAGAAGAUCUCUGCUAUCGUGGAGGCUGUGCCACAGCUCAAGUACAUCUGUGUAGACGUGGCCAACGGCUACUCCGAACACUUCGUUCACUUCGUCAAAGACGUCCGGGAGAAGUUUUCCUCACACACCAUAAUGGCAGGGAACGUAGUGACGGGAGAAAUGGUGGAAGAGCUGAUUCUUGCUGGAGCUGACAUCAUUAAAGUAGGCAUCGGACCAGGCUCUGUGUGUACCACCCGUAAGAAGACGGGGGUUGGCUACCCGCAGCUCAGCGCUGUGAUUGAAUGUGCAGAUGCAGCCCACGGCCUGGGCGGCCACAUUAUAUCUGAUGGAGGAUGUACCUGUCCAGGAGAUGUGUCCAAGGCUUUUGGCGCUGGAGCCGACUUUGUGAUGCUGGGCGGGAUGCUGGCUGGUCACUCCGAGAGCGGCGGCGAGAUCAUCGAGAAAAAUGGCAAGAAGUACAAGCUGUUUUAUGGGAUGAGCUCCGACACGGCGAUGAAGAGGCACGCAGGAGGUGUAGCUGAUUACAGAGCGUCAGAGGGGAAGACGGUGGAAGUCCCCUACAAAGGGCCGGUGGACGAGACGAUACGAGACGUCCUGGGAGGCGUCCGCUCCACCUGCACCUACGUUGGAGCAGCGAAGCUGAAGGAGCUGAGCCGCAGAACGACCUUCAUCCGGGUCACCCAGCAGCUCAACACCGUUUUCGGGAACAGCUAAACGUCUACCUCCGCCUUCUGAUUCUGAUUCCAUUCCAGAUUCCAUUGUUUUGUUUAUAGAGAAACGCAACUGAGCUGAUAGAAAGCACUUAUAAAAUACUGUCCUUCUUAUGCCUUUUUUUAAUCCAGAUUGGCCUUUUUAGAAAAGCUUUCCACAUGUAUCUAUCCCUUUAGACAUUGCAGGAGUCACACGCUUUCCUACAAAACUAGAGCUUUUAUUCCUCAGCUUAUCAUUCCAAAGCAAAAAUCCUUCACUGUAGUUAAUUUUAUUUAUGCAACAUUCAGUUUUUUCCAUGAACAGUAAGCCUGAUAUCUCCUGAUAUCUGCAAGCCUUUGUCCCCAACUUAAGAUUUCAAAGCAAAUGUCUUAAUGCCUAUUUUAAAAGGCAUUAAGACAUUUGCCUUAAUGCCUUAAAGGCAUUAAGGCAAAUGUUUUAGCAAUUUAGAAAAAAAACUAUUUUUAGAAGCUCUAUCAUUCCAGGACCCAUGUAUUGCACUUUAAAAAGACUUUUUUGUAUGUCGAUUGUAAUAUUAGUGGACCAAUAAUGGAAUAUAUUAAGACAGUGUUAAAUUAGGAGCAGAGGUACCAAUUAAUACAAAAAUAUUUCCAGUUCAUCUACCAACAUUUUUAUUUAUUAUAGGUUUCAUGAUGAGAGAUCGUUCUUAGGAAUUAGUUUUCAAAGAUUUUCGACAUCACCUUUCCACAGUUCAUGUAAUUAUGAUUAUUUUUAAACUGUUUUCAUCUUUUUCUCUGUUAUACAUAACCAUGGUGUUUUAAAGUUGUUGCCAAGUCCUUAAACCCGCCUGGUCUCUCUUUUACAGUGAGUCAAUAAAACAUUGCACGUUUCAACAUUU